AUGGGCGGCUCUGCUUUUUCCUCUCUCCCCGACCCUCCCUACACGCCACGGAUGCCUCCCGCGGUCUACAGGCGCGCGCUAUCCGCAUGCAAUGCGUUACUGAGGGAGAUAUUCGUCUGCGUGGCGUCGCCCAUCGAAGGCCCAGGAAAGAAGGACCAUGGCGACAUUGACAUCUUGGUGGCGCUGGAGAAGCGUACCUUGUUUCCCCAAACCCGCGAUGACUCGAUCCCGAGAAGCCCGCAUGAGCUGAUGGCCAUCAUUCAACGCCAGCUCGGCGCGAAGCACGCCAUCGUCCACCCGGCAGGUACCUCGGCGCACCUGACGAUCCAGUGGCCAUCGGAUAUGGACCAGCAUUACGUGCAGGUCGAUGUUCACAUCUGCCCAGACAUUGACGAGUUCUGCUGGAGACUCUUCAAACAUGCUCAUGGCGACCUUUGGAACAUCCUAGGGAGCACCAUCAGGCCAUUUGGACUCACCAUUGAUGAGGAAGCACUGUGGCUUCGGAUACCCGAGAUCGAAAAGUUCGACCGUAAGAGGGCCAAAGUGUGCCUGAGUAGGGACCCCGUCGAGAUCAUCCAUUUCCUCGGGAUGAAAGUGGAGGGCUUCUGGGACGAGCCGUUCGAAUCGGUGGAUGCCCUGUUCGACUAUGCGACGACCUGUCGGCUGUUUUGGGUCCGAGACACCCCGGUUGGUGUGGCCGAAGAGGACGCCGACGCUGCUGGAGUUAUUGGCGGGGAGGAUGGGCGGAGAAGGCUGAAAGCCAACGAUCGACGGCGGAUGGCUGGCCGCCCGGUCUAUCGACGCUGGAUCUAUGAGUUCAUCCCCCGACUCUGCGCCGAAGGCAAAUUCCUCAGCAACCAUCCCGGUAAGUCCGCCGAAGAGGUGCGAGCCAUGGUACGAGAUGAAGCAUUCGAGCGCUUCUUUGUGGAGGCGGAGUAUCGGGAGCGGUUGAGGGAGUGGCGGCUGAAAAGAGACGGCGAGCAGAUGAAGGUCCUGGUCAAGGAGUCAGUUCCGAGCACCAUGGACCCGCAGCGGAGAGCAUGUGUAAUAGGUGCUCUGAAGAAGAUCAUACUGGAGGGCGACCCGUCGUUCGGAUUCGAUCCUUCAGGCCUACGGCUCGCAGACGGCUUCUACGACACAAGUGCUGUCCGCAACUUCAUCCACCAUAACCUGGAGGAGGUGGCCAAGGUCGCAUGGGCAAGGCAACAGCAGCGGGCGCAAGAAGCAAUGCUACUGAAGGCAUCUCGUAAAUCUGGGUCGGGUCAGGGCAUUCCUGGAUAG